GUUAUAAGCACAUCUCUAAAAAAUGCUGUCACCGGCUUUGCAAAAAGUUAUUGGCAAAAUUCAAUUCAUUUGCAAAAAUACCGGAGUUAAUAAAUCGCAAUACUGCUCGUUAACAAAAAUGGCUCAACCGAAGUGGAAAAUUGAGAAAGAGAAGGUACUCAACCUUACUCCCGAGGAGCGCAAGAAAGCAGGAAUGUACAAGAAUAAGACAGUCGUAACUCUAGAUAUGGUUGACCCUUGGCAUAACUACACAAUAAGGAACAAAAGUAUUGUGGACCUGAAGCCUAUCCAGGAUGAUUUAACAGAGUUCAGCAAGAUUAAAAUAGACAGCUCCCAGAAUAAAGCUUUGUCCCAAAAAGUAUCUAUUUUUAAAGGCGAUAUCACACAGCUAGAGGUGGGUGCUAUUGUGAACGCAGCUAACUCAAUGCUGAGAGCUGGUGGUGGAGUUGAUGGCGCCAUCCACCGUGCAGCUGGCUCAUAUCUACAGGAGGAAUGCAAUACACUUGGUGGUUGCCCAACUGGGGAGGCCAAGAUAUCUGGUGGAUAUAAUUUACCAGCUAAAUAUGUAAUCCACACAGUGGGCCCACAAGAUGGUUCAGCCGAAAUGCUACGCCGAUGCUAUAAAAAUUCCCUCACGUUCCACGCGUCUCACAAGAUUGACUCUAUAGCAUUCCCUUGUAUUUCCACUGGAAUCUACGGUUUCCCUAACCGUUUAGCUGCCCACAUUGCUUUAGCUGAGGCUCGUCAAUUCUUAGAGAAGAAUGAUGGGAUGGACCGGAUUAUCUUUUGUUUAUUCAUGCCAAUUGAUGUCCAAAUAUAUGAGACUUUGAUGCAAUUGUAUUUUCCAGUUGUUGACCAUAACUAUGCUGAGAAUAUGUAAAUGUCAAUGUUGUUUUGUCACAGUGUAGUAUAUUAAAAGAUAAUAUGUAUGCUAGGAAUCAGUUAGUAAUCACAUAGAACGUGUGUUUGAAGUCAUUUGUUAGUAAAACUAAAAUUGGCACUAGUUUUGGGGAAAAGGGACAAAGUAACUUCUUCCAAUAUCGUCACGCACGCUCAAAUCUACACUGUGACAAAUUUCCUGAAAAAUGCUUUGAAGAUAAUCACUGUUCAAAAACCUUUAAUUCAUAAGGUUGACUGAAAGUCUGAAGUUGUUUUUUUUUAUUUCCCUGUAAGGCUUUUGUAUGAAAUACCAAAUCACGUGAUAUUUGGGCAAAAAUUGUUACUUGUGAUGUUGUAUUGCAAUUUUUACCAAGUUAUUUGUAAUAAACUUCUGAUAAAAUAA